UUUAUUGUAUCCGCCCAAGUGAACAUGGCUGCCAAUUCCACACUGUUUCUCUUGUCAAAGGAGGAGGAAAUGGAAUCAACUGAGACUCCUUUUUCUCAAGAGCCGAAAAAGAGGUUUAAAAACGAGGGGAACACGAUAGAGGACGUUGCUUACAAGCCUCUCAUAGAUAAGGAAGAGAGUCCGGCCGGGUGUGAUGAAGAGCUGAUUAAAGAAGAGAAAGUCUCUUUCAUAGUACUAAAUGGUGAAAGAGAUGUGGCAGGAGAGAUGGAGGAUAAAGAACUAAUGCUAAGGAAAUGGCUGGCCAGUUCAUCUCCAGCUCCCCUAGUAGAAGAUGAUGAUGAAAUAGAUGAUGAAGUUUCCUGUAUGAGUAACGUUAAAAUAACCGGGACUUGCUUUUGCAAGAUAUUUGUUGUCCUUUACCUCCUGGCCUGUCUCCUUGUAUCGGCCCUUUAUAUUGCUAUAUAUGGACCAAAUGAGCUUUAUCUAAUGCCAGAGACACCACCUCCCUAUAAGCCAUCUAAACCUACUCUCCACUUACCUCCUGUUCGUUUCUAUGACAACCCGUACACAGAAUGGAUAUCACAGAGGUGGGCCUAUGACUUUGAGCAGUUUGCCGACUGGCCGAAAUUACCGGAACGUGUCGACACAAUUCGACAGGUUGUAGGAGGGUAUAUUGACGGACAGGAAGGAGUCUGGCUUUUGGACUCGACGAGUCUUUACUUUGUGUUAGGAUUUGGGAGUUCUUCUCCUGAAAGCGUUCAGUUUUUGAACAUGAGUGACAAUCUUGAUUUAAACAUUACUAAUAAUACGUACCUGACCCUCCUUGAUAAGGAGAACUUGUAUCUUAUAUCACCGUAUGAGGUUGUCCUGUUGAACUGCAGCCGGUCAUCAACUGAAGAUUGUGACAUAUCCCAGUACUGGUCCAUUGAUUAUGUAAACGCUAGCAAUACCGUCAUAACCUCAACAGUACUGUCAACCAAUGACAGGGUACUUUGGAUCGGUACCGAUGGAGGCCUGUUUGCACUCAAUACAACCUCCACCCAUUUAUCAGAGGACAACGAGACGGCUGUUGUUCCUGUUCUUGAUAUCGACGAGCCUGUUAUUUCACUUGCCUGGAGGGCUGGGUUAGGCGGAGUUCAUUAUGGGCAUGGUUUAGGUAGAGAUUAUUGUGGGCGUGGUUUCAAAAGCAAGACGUUUUGGUUGAGCCCCUCGUCAAGUUAUCAGUGUUUAGACAUUAGUUAUAAUGGAGGGGGCGGAGCCUAUAACGGGACUGGCGAUGGGUGCGGUUUUGGACUUUUAGUUAUCGGCACAAACGAGAAACUUUAUUUUUACGAUGGUAGUCGAGUCUGGUUUGAGUGGAUUUCAAAAUGGGAGGAUGGGCUUGGGGGUGUGGUUGAUGGCCCGCCCACUUCACUAACAUUCGUGCCAUCAGGGGAUUUAUAUAUUGGUAAUAACGUUUCACUGAGUAGACUUUUUGUUAAUUAUACUUUUCAAAGACUCGGACCUCGCGAAGGACUACCAUACGGAAACAUCCUUACCCUUCAUUACCUACCCCUUGCUAUUCUAAAUCCUCCUCUUCUCCGCCCUCUGAUUCUCCCUAGAGUGAAGUCCUGUGGUGGAACACUACUAGUCGGUACUGGUAAAGGGUAUAGUCUCUUUGAUAUGGGUAACUCCCGUUUUGUUGAUUAUCAUUACGGUCCUCGCUGGUUGCCAGGGAAAGGUGUUAGUGGAGCUAGCAGUUUGUACGGAGAUGUGUUUGUGAUAGUGAGUGAUGGAGGGAUCGCUGUCCUAAGAGGAGAAGAAUGGACGCUGGAGAGGAAAGCAGGACAUUAUCAAGACAUGUUGUCAAGACACACUAGAGAACCAGGUCUUACUGCUGAUUGUCCUCUUGAUAAUUAUACUGUUAUCACAUGUGAACCAGUGCCAACUGAUAAUGAUGGACUAUGGACCUCUUGGUCAGUGGCAGCUGAAGCACUCCGCUACAAAGCGACUGGUAUAGAGGAGGCAAAGAGAAACGCCUGGUCACUCUACACGGGAAUGAAGUUCCUAAUAGAAGUGACUGGUGUUUCAGGUUUACCAGCUCGCUCUGUUGUUAGAGAAGAUGACAAUGACACUGGUAGCAUUGGGGAUGAUUGGCAUGCAUCAGUUACUAAUCCUGGCUGGCUUUGGAAGGGAGACACAAGCUCUGACGAGAUUGCCGGUCAUAUAUUCGCAUAUACUUUAGUGUAUGAUUUGGUUGCUGAAACUCUUAAUGAGAGGAUGAAUGUAGCUUCAACACUGGACAGUAUUAUCAGUUACAUAAAGUCAAAUAACUACACACUAGUUGAUGUCACUAAUCGUACCACUAGAUGGGGUGUGUGGUCACCAGAUCAACUCAAUUACAAUCAGUCAUGGGCCGAUGAGCGUGGACUGAACUCACUUGAGAUAUUAAGUGGAUUAAUGUCUGCCUAUAGAAUGACUAUGAAAAAAGACUACAUAGAAGCAUGGCAGGAGCUGGUUGAUACUCAUGGUUACGGUCUUAAUAUGAUCAACCAAAAGAUAACGUUCCCUAGAGAUUUCAAUUUCUCAGACGAUGAGCUAGCUUUCAUGCAAUAUUUUGUAUAUUUCUAUACGUUAAAAAAGCUGAGCCACCAGCAAGAUAAAGAGUUUCCACUAGAAGAUGCAUUGAGUUUGGGUCAGCUGAGCUUAAAGCAAGCCUGGGACUCUGUAAAGAGAGAAAAGAGUUCGGCUUGGACUGGCAUAUACUCAUUCGCUACAGGUCAGAAUAAUACCGAGUUAAUAGAGAAACUAGUUUGGAGUUUACGUGAAUGGCCACUUGAUCUUGUUCAAUGGCCCACGACUAAUUCUCAUCGUCUUGACAUUCAUUUGGAUCCUGAACAGGACAGGUACUAUCGUAGUGGUAUUCAGUCAGUUAGAGUAUUACCUCCUAAUGAACGAACUCAGCUUCGUUGGAAUUCUAAUCCCUUUCAACUUGAUUCUGAAGGAUCAAGCAAUGAAAUGGAUCCUGCCCCUUGGCUAUUACCGUACUGGCUAGCUCGUUGGACUAAACUAUUAUAAUUAUUUUGAUUUGAUUUCAUUUAGUUCAUUUAUCACUUUCCUUUGUUCUUUUUUCUUUCUUUCUGUUCUCUCCUCAGUAUCAUCUUUUUAACAACUUACUUCCAACUUAUUAAUAGAAGGAUUAAUCUAGCUAUAA